ACCUGUAGACAGUUUAGCCAGGUGAGCGGUGCUGGUAACGUCAUCUAUACACUCACGUCAGAUGAAACUACGCAAAACAUACGAUUCAGAGAAUCCGCAAGUUUAGUUACCACACACUUUUCCCACGCUCUUUCAAUCAGUCUAGUUUUACAGCUGAUGAGACCCUAGUUAGUGAUAAAUCUUAAUUUAACCGAAGAACUGGACCGUUGAGAAGUUAGGAAUGAUGUAGCUCGUAGAGAAGUGUAACAUCAUACUUUGUAAUGAUAAUUACAGAGCGGUAGCACUCAGUGCUUUUAAUAUAAAAUAUCUCAAGUUAAAAGUGUAAAAUACAAGAGAUGCAACAACAUGUUUUUCCAAAACAGUCUUGAUAACAACUUUUACAGUACAGUUAGCUGUUAAUCAGCUGUUAAUCACAACACUGUACACAGCUGUUGAAAGAUGAGACGGGUUACGAUUUUUCUCAUCCUUCUCUCUGUAAGAGGAUUCUGCUUUCAGAGAACAAGAGAAAAAGAGCAUCAAAGACAUGGAAAAAUUUGUAUCGGUACUAACGGACGAAUGUCAGUUCCUUCAAAUAGAGAUCAUCAUUAUAGAAACCUUAGAGAUAGGUACACGAACUGUACGUAUGUUGAUGGUAACCUGGAGCUAACCUGGCUCCAGGAUGAGAACCUAGAUCUAUCCUUCCUUCAACAUAUCCGUGAGGUCACAGGAUAUGUCCUCAUAUCACACGUUGACGUUAGACGAAUCGUCCUGCCCAGCUUGCAAAUCGUCCGGGGACGAGAUCUGUUCAAGCUAAACGUCCAAAAUGACGAGUUUGCGCUGAUCGUCACCCUGUCUAAGAUGAACAACCUGGAGAUGCCUGCUUUAAGAGAUAUUCUACAUGGAUCUGUUGGUAUCUUGAACAAUUACAACUUGUGUCAUAUCAAGACGAUCCAGUGGAACGAGAUCAUCACCGGACCCUACUCCAAGUAUGUUUACGUCUACAACUUCACGGAGCCGGAGAGAGAUUGUACUCCUUGUCAUGAAUCCUGCGAGAACGGAUGCUGGGGUGAGGGUGCCAGCAACUGCCAGAAGUUCUCUAAGAUCAAUUGUGCUGCCCAAUGUCACAGUGGACGUUGCUUUGGUCCUAAACCUCGAGAAUGUUGUCAUCUAUUCUGUGCCGGAGGAUGUACUGGUCCUAAACAAUCUGAUUGUCUGGCCUGUAAGAAUUUUUACGACGACGGAGUGUGUAAGCAAGAGUGUCCACCCAUGCAGAUCUACAAUCCGACAAAGUAUCGAUGGGAGAGAAAUCCGGAUGGAAAAUAUGCGUACGGAGCAACUUGCGUCAAGGACUGUCCAGAGCAUUUGUUGAAGGAUAACGGAGCAUGCGUCAGAGGAUGUCCUCCAAAGAAAAAGGCUGUAGAUGGAGAAUGUGUACCCUGUGAUGGACCUUGUCCUAAAACCUGCACCUUCAGUGAUAUCAUCCAUCAGGGGAACAUUAUUCAUGCUGGGAAUAUAAACAGUUUUAUCAACUGUACUGUUGUUGAGGGUAGCCUCACUAUCCUCGACUCAACCUUCAACGGGUUCCAGCAGAUCUACUCAAACUUCACCUUCGGUCCCAGGCACCCCGCCAUGGACCCCUCCAAGCUCGAGGUGUUCAGCACACUCAGGGAGGUCACUGGGUUCAUUAACAUACAGGCGCAUCAUCCCAGGUUUACUAAUCUCAGUGCCUUUAGAAACCUAGAGAUUGUCGGCGGACGACAUUUGACAGAAUAUUUCUCCUCGCUGUAUAUCGUGAAAACCUCGUUGGAAUCUCUGGACCUGAGAUCCCUCAGAAAAAUUCGUUCCGGCGGGGUUUCUAUUCUCGAGAAUAAUGAUCUCUGUUACGCUGAAAACAUAAAUUGGCAAAGAAUUAUGAAAUCUCCUCAGCACAACACUCUACUACAGAACAACAAGGCCCCGGAGCAGUGUAUCAUUGAAAAGAAACAAUGCGACGAUCAGUGUACAGAGGACGGAUGUUGGGGCCCAGGAAACAAACUCUGCCUCUCUUGUAAAACCUUCCAGGUUGGAGAGGAGUGUGUCGGAUCAUGUGAUGCCAACCAAGGACUCUUUCAGUCCCCCGGGGACCGUCAAUGCAUGAAAUGUGACCAGGAGUGUGACCUGACAUGUACAGGAGCAGGACCGGGCAACUGUCACAAGUGUAAACAUGUCAAGGACGGUCCGUUCUGUGUUGAGAAGUGUCCCUUGAGUAAGUACAACAACUCCUACGGAGAGUGUCAGGACUGUCACAGGAACUGUGUGGGAGGAUGUAAAGGUCCCGCCAACAACAUCGGUGCUCUGGGUUGUAACAGUUGUGACAAGGCAAUCAUUAAUCCUGAACUAGAAGUUAUACAAUGUUUACAUGAGAGUGAGGUAUGUCCUGAAGGAUAUUUCUACGAAUGGCUUGGUCCUGAAGGCCAAGGAAAGCUCAAGGCUCUGUCUGGAAAAGCUCUGUGUCGUCCCUGCCAUCCCCUGUGUAAACGGUGUAACGGAUAUGGAUUCCAUGAGGAUGUGUGUCAGGAGUGCAAGGGGUUUAGUCAGGAUCAACAAUGUGUUCAAGAGUGUAGCAGUGACUACUUUGCUGAUCAGGAACGGAAGAAAUGUGUUCCAUGUGCCCGAGAAUGCCGAGGUUGUAUUGGACCCAGCUCUGCUCAAUGCAAGGCCUGUAAGAACUACAAGGUUUACCUCAAUGGUGGAUACGCCCCAGAUUCAGAAACCACGCCUUUCAACUGUACAGAAUCGUGUACUGGCGCCCAUCCGUACAAGAACUUCCCAGAGAACUCAGCGGGUGUACCCGGAGAUCCGUUUUGUUCUGUUGAACCAUCCCUGAGCGGUGGAGUACCUCUAUCUGCUGAGAACUCUAUACCUGCUAUUAUAGGUGGGAUAAUUGGAUGCAUUGUUCUCCUAGGCAUCUUUCUUUCCGUCUUUGGAUAUCAGUGGAGACAGCGGGCUCGGGCUAAAGAAAAUACUGCUAAAAUGACGAUGGUUAUGACAGGUUACGAGGAUAAUGAGCCCCUGCGACCCACUAACAUUAAGCCUAAUCUUGCCAAGCUCAGAAUCGUGAAGGAAGCAGAGUUGAGAAAAGGAGGAAUUCUGGGAUACGGAGCUUUUGGAACAGUGUAUAAGGGGGUUUGGGUCCCUGAAGGAGAGAAUGUUAAGAUACCAGUUGCUAUCAAGGUUCUGAGAGAGGGGACUGGAAAUAAUGCAAGCAAAGAAAUUCUUGAAGAAGCUUACAUAAUGGCGAGUGUGGAACAUCAAAACCUUCUCCAACUAUUGGCAGUUUGUAUGACAAGCCAAAUGAUGCUUGUCACUCAAUUGAUGCCUCUUGGAUGCCUACUUGACUAUGUGAGGAAUAACAAAGAUAAGAUUGGUUCUAAGCCUCUUCUAAACUGGUGCACCCAGAUAGCACGUGGUAUGGCAUAUCUUGAGGAGAGACGACUAGUUCACCGAGAUCUAGCUGCUAGAAAUGUUUUGGUUCAAACCCCGUCCUGCGUUAAAAUCACCGACUUUGGUCUGGCAAAACUGCUGGAUAUAAAUGAGGAUGAAUAUAAAGCUACAGGUGGUAAGAUGCCGAUUAAAUGGUUGGCACUGGAAUGCAUCCAACAGAGGGUUUUCACUCAUAAAAGUGAUGUAUGGGCGUUCGGAGUCACGGUCUGGGAAUUACUGACAUAUGGAGGUCGUCCUUACGAGAACGUUCCUGCCAGGGAUGUCCCCGACCUCCUGGACAAAGGAGAGAGAUUGCCCCAGCCUCCUAUUUGUACAAUUGACGUGUAUAUGAUCAUGAUAAAGUGCUGGAUGCUAGAUGCGGACAGCAGGCCUGGGUUUAAGGAGCUGGCGGAGGAGUUUGCUAAGAUGUCUCGGGAUCCAGGCAGGUUUCUGGUCAUACCUGGAGACAAGCUCAUGAGACUACCUUCAUACACUACUCAGGAUGAGAAGGAGUUAAUCAGAAACCUCUCCUCCGCUAUCGGAGGCAAUGAGAUUGUGAUGGUUGCUGAGGAGUACCUGAACCCUGGGAGGGUGGCCAGCACCAACACCCUCAACACCCCUGUAGAUACACCCCUCCCCUCCACCCCCACACAGAAAUUUUUCCCGCCAAAUUUGCCUCCGCCCCCCUAUUCCUCACAGUCCGGCCUAGUUGGGACAACUCACAGAAGUUCCAGAUAUGGCUCAACGCCGGGCGUGAAUGAUGCAUUUUCAACUCUUGGAUCCAGAAGUCUCAGAUAUGGAUCAACAUUUUUCAGUCAAUCCUGUGAUCCCCUUAAACUACUCGAGGACGACCCCGACGGUAUGCCAGGACAUUCUGGGUACCCCAGCGGAAGUAUGUACAAUACGACCAGGUCCACCGCCACCAGCCGAUCUAACGGCCGGCAACACAAACCUCGGCCGCCGAAUGUUGCGCUUCCUGUCGACUCCGACGAUUACCUAGUCCCGUCCCCCCAGUCACCGCCCCCUGCCACGCCCAACACCAUCAACAACAAUAAGAAUCCCUACAUGGAUUUGAUCUCUGAUGGGAAGAGCGGGAUGUUUGUUUACCCUCCUCCGUAUCCGUACAUGCCGGAAGAUUUUCACACGAACUACGGUCGACUGGUCCUACCUGACUUUAUUCCUCACGGGAUGGUUAGCAUGGACAAUCCAGAGUAUAUUCUACAGGAGUCAAAGCGACGUGGAAUGUCUAAUUACCAAACCCUGGGUAUUCCAAUAGUACCCUCCCCUACCUCCUCCCUGCCUGCCCCGCCCUACACCUCUCUAUCCAGCACUGGCUCCUCGCACACCAACCAGACAGGGCUCAACGGAGCUAUCUCCGGGAGUAACCCGCGAAGCUCCGACGGAGAAUCCGAUCAUGAAUACUAUAACGAUCUGGAGAGGUUGCAACGGGAGAUGCAACCGUUGCACCAACCCCGAAAUGAAACGACAGUUUAGAUGUCGAGGGAUUAAACAAUGAACCGACGCUAGUGCGUCACUAAAAAGUGCCUUUUAAUCUUUCAAAGAUAGUGAAUAACGGAAGUUUGAUACUUUUUUCAAAAGUUUUUGUCAUCUCCGUAUGAACUACCAAUGGCAGGCGAAAACCUGCCUUUAAAAAGCUGUGAUAUUUAAGAUUAUUUUUAGCUCAAACAUGUUCUUCAGUAUUUAUACUUUAUAAUGUUUCCAACGUAGCGUAGUGCCAUAUAGAUACUAUAGGCAGUUUAUUCAGACAAUUUACAUGCAGACUCUCCUCAUCAUGUUUUAGAGAGGAUUUAUCUAAACAAAUACUAUCGUUUUGUUCAUAGUUAUUCUAUUCAUAUAUAGUAAAUAAAUGUUAGAUACAUUAAA